GUUUGGACUGCCCUGUGCUCCAGCUGCUCCUUUCAAUCCUCAAGCGGUCAUCGUUGAGUAGGUUCUUCGCCCUCCAGCGCCAUCGGCAGCCGCUCCGCCCGUGCUACAUUUCAUUCUUGUUUUAGUCCCUGCUGUUUGUACAACGCCCAUUUCCUAUUGUUACGCCGCCCGCUUUCUUUAGACACGACGGUCCGACAGGGGCAGGCCGGCGUCGCUCGUGUGGUGGCGAGAGCUCGACUCUGCGACCACCGCCUUCGCCACCCAUCCCCGACAUUUCUUCUCCAGGGGCGCACGACGGACCGACACAGGCAGCGAGUGUAGCCAGCUCGCCGGAUAUCCAGACACAUCAGCGCAGAAAUGGCAUCGCCACCUAAACCGUGGGAGAGAGCAGGCGCGACCGCGGCGUCACCAAUAUCGUCCCUCGCGACCUCUCCGAAUCCCGCGAUACCCGCAACCACGACGGCAACCGCGGCCACGGCCAGCGGCGCGCCUGCUCUGCCUGCAUUUCCAACGAGCCUGGCCAACACCGUCAAUCAGGCCGCCGCCGCGUACUCGAGACCCCUCGGCGCCAGCCCAUACGGCGCGUCCCCGUACGGUGCGGGCUACUCUUCUCCGUACGGCGGAGGAAUGUAUUCUCGGCUGGGAGGCUACGGCGGCUAUGGCGGCGGCUACGGAGGCGGCAUGUAUGGCGGCCUAGGCGGAUACGGCGGUGGCAUGUAUGGUGGCGGCAUGUACGGUGGAGGCAUGGGCGGUGGCAUGGGCGGCGCACAAGGUGACCCCAACGACCCAAACAGCCUGACCAACCGCUUCGGCAUGAGCACCCAGCAAACCUUCCAGAUGCUCGAGGGGAUCGUGGGCGCCUUUGGCGGGUUCGCCCAGAUGCUCGAGAGCACCUACAUGGCCACACACUCCAGCUUUUUCGCCAUGGUCUCUGUCGCCGAGCAGUUUGGCAAUCUUCGUGACGCUCUCGGCUCCGUUCUGGGCAUCUUCACCCUGAUGCGCUGGAUCAGAAACCUCAUCGCCAGGCUCACUGGCAGGCCGCUGCCCGCCGACGUCAAGGCUCUCACACCAGCCGCCUUUGCACGAUUCGAGGGCCGUAGCGGCGCCGCCAACCUUGGUGCGGACGGCAGGCUCCGCCCCAGCCGCAAGCCGCUCUUCUUCUUCGUCCUCGCCGCCUUUGGUCUUCCUUUCCUCAUGAGCAAGGCUAUCAGGUCUAUGGCUGCCUCACAGGAGGAGGAGCGCCGCCGCCUCGAGGUGCAGAGCCAGCAACUGGCAGUGGAUCCCACCCAGCUCGAGUUUUGCCGUGUUCUCUACGACUUCGACCCGACAGCGCUGGCCCAACAAGGCGGCGCCCUCACGGCUGGUGUCGAUAUCGCCGUGAAGAAGGGCGAUUUUGUCGCAGUCUUGGGCCGCACCGACCCGAACGGAAACCCUUCCGAAUGGUGGCGGUGCCGUUCUAGGGACGGACGCAUUGGAUACCUCCCGGCCAACUUCCUCGAGGUUAUGCAGCGCCAGGUUAAUAACACAGCCGCUCGUGCCGCCAUCAAGGACAGUGCUGCCACCGUUGGCGGUGAGAGUACUAGGACUAGCUCCAUGACCAGCAACGUCAGCGCACCCACGAACAUGGCGGUCCAGAAGCAGGCACCACCGAUUCCCCUGUCCAAGAUGGGCGACAUCAGUCCCGAGAGCUUCCAAAAGUCACAAUUUUAUAGUUAGAAGCCUGGACUUGUGUCCGCGACGCUCCCACCCGGCUCCAAUGUUGCCGACGCGCCGGCCGGGGAACCUGUAUCCACGAUCAAGCCUCGGUUCAACUUGGAAGAUCAGUUCGCGGUCGAUGCUCCGAACACCCUGGCCAGGCCCAUUCUUGAACUUCCUCGUUCGGCGGGUACUACGGUUUGGCCACAGCACCAUGAUAUAUCCGUGCAGCCGCCUCUGUCCCAGAUUCACGACAGCUCCGUGCCCGAAGUUGGGGUUGAAGACGACCGUCGCUUUGGCCACCCAGAUGCUCACGACGCAUUCUUUGGCACUAGACGCAGGGCCCGGCGUCAGAUAGUUCGGUCUAAGCAACGCGCCCUUGACCUCGACGACUUCAGCAGCCGAUUUCGCGCAUGGGAGGAUCAGGGACCCGCUCAUAGCGAGCCUGGAGCCCAAGGCAUAUGCAAAUGCUACGCCUGCGAGCAGUUUUUCCGAACCUCUCAGCAGGCGCAGCCGACCACUCGGGGGGAGGCUUUCAAAAUCCACAUGUCUCUGCCGGCCAUCAAGAAGUCGGGGCUCUGAAACGACGCCCCGGGCCUGGGGUACUCGCAGGUCAUUCGCUAUUCUGUGUUUCCUUUCCAGUCUUGUUAUUUCUUCUUUAUCUUCUUAUUAAUCCGUAGUACUCUUUUCAAGCGGUGUCCAGCGAUCCAGCCUCGCCGGCUGGCCUCGGUAGGAUACCGACGAAGCGUGCACACACAACCUAGACGGGGAGGAGUUAUGCUGGGUUGGAAAAAGGACCCUCUGUAUUGGUAUCAUGUUUAUCAUAAGCGAAUUUUAUUGACUAUUUUUUUUUCCUCUCUUGGUUUUUGCCUCUGUCUCUCGAUUGGUAGCUCACAUUGCGUGCAUAAGGAUGAAACGGCGGGAAACAAGAAAUAGCCAAGAAGCUACAGGCUAAGGGGAAAGAAGGAAAAAAGAAGUCGACUUGUAGGUUACAUUCGGAUAAUGCAAGUCCUGAUUGUAGCAGGGAGACUCUCAUUUCACUUGUUCAGAUAUUGUGAUCAUAUAAUUACCACUCUACUCGCGGCGAGUGCCUCGCCAAGUUAAACCCAGUCAUG